AUGGAGGCUAAACACAGUAGUACAGAGCUAUCGCAGAAGUCUACCAAGAAUAACUCUGGGUCCAAGCACCUCGUCGUGGACUCGUAUACCGUCGAUGAAGCAGCAGCUCUGACCGCUGGCCAGGAUUUUCAUGUCACACCAGAAGAUGCUGCCCGCGUCAGACGGAAGAUUGACUUGCAUCUUAUGCCCCUCAUGUGCCGUGAGAUGACCUUCAUGGACAAGACGACCCUGGGACAGAGUGCGACUUUGGGAAUAUUGACAAGUGCCAAACUGACGACGGACGAGUUCAAUUGGCUGGGGACAAUCUUUUACAUUGCAUAUUUAUUCUUUCAAUGGCCACAAAACCUCGCGCUACAGCGUUUCCCCGUUGGCAAGUGGAUGAGCGUCAACGUAUUCGUCUGGGCCGUAGCGCUGCUGUGUCACGCUGCAUGCAAGUCUUUCGGCAGCCUUUUUGCUGUCCGGCUGAUUAUGGGCAUAGCGGAAGGAGCGAUAACUCCUGGAUUCAUGCUCUUGACAUCUAUGUUUUACACUCGUGUAGAGCAGACAAGGCGCGUUGGCUACUGGUUCUUGAUGAAUGGGGUCGCCAUCAUCAUCCUCGGUUUUGUGGCUUUUGGGGUUUUGCAUACCACCAACGAGAACUUCCAACCAUGGCAAUGGCUCAUGGUCAUCACCGGCUUGAUUACGCUGAUCAUUUCUGUCAUCUUCUGGUUCUUUUUCCCGGACUCACCUAUGACUGCACACUUCUUGAGCGAGGAUGAACGUCUCAUUGCGGUCGAACGUAUCAAAGUGAAUCAAGCUGGAGUCGAGAAUAAGCACUUCAAGCGUGACCAGUACGGAUUCGUGGAGACUAUGUGUGACCCGAAGACGUACCUUCUCUUCUUCUUUGCGGCAUCCUCUAAUGUUGUCAAUUCGCUCACGAACCAACGGCAAAUCAUAGUCAAGCUCUUCGGAUUUUCUACCAUAGACACAACCCUCCUUGGUUGUGUCGAUGGAGUCGUCGAGAUUCUGGUGAUCUGGCUCGGUGUGUUCUUGGCCGCACACUUCAAAAAUGCCCGCGUCUACUCUGCAAUAUCUCUCUACGUGCCUGCGAUAUUGGGUUCCAUUCUUGUUACCACACUUCCAGCUGAUAACAAGGUCGGGCGGCUUUUCUCAUACUGGAUCUCGAUCUUUGCAUUCCCGCCGUUCGUCAUUGUCCUUGGUUGGGUUGGCCAAAUCACCGCUGGGCACACAAAGAAAACUACUACGAAUGCCGUCGUCCUCAUCGGUUACUCGGUCGGGAACGCCGCUGGUCCUGCCAUGUGGAAAUCACAGUAUCAACCUCUGAACCACGUCCCUUGGGCCAUCAUCUCCGGCUGUUCAUUUCUCUCUGCAAUCAUCCUGCUCAUCACUCGCAUCUACCUCGCGCGAGAAAACAAUCUGCGUGACUCGGAGAACCAGGAUAGCGUAUAUGACGACGCCGUCAUCGUGGUGGAGGAUGGCAGCAAUGAGAAAGAGAAGGAAAAGAAGGUCGAUAAGGCAUUCUUGGACUUGACGGACAGGCAAAACCGCGACUUCAGGUAUGUCUUGUGA